AAAUUAUGUUAAUAUAUACUAAAGAGAAGCUUAACCGUCAUGGCGUCUGUUUGAGAGGAAGCACAAAGAAAUUAACAAUCGUCCUAGGGAACUUUUGGCUUAUGAAUUUUUGUUGAAAAGCUAUUAGGUAAAAUUUUGUUGUCAUUUUUAAAUUGUAGUUAAGAGUUUUAACUGCUUAUACCAUAUUUAUGUCCUAAUUGAAAUUGAGGUCACAAUAAUUUUAUUUUUAAACUACGUGACUAGACCUUUCUGUCGGCAGCGUCGAAUGAAGCAUGUUACUUGUUAGCCAUUGUUACGCCUUGAUCUUAUAACUGUAGCCCAUUUAAUGUAGAUUUAGUCUCGACAUAGUUUGACUGACAUAGUACAUUAAAGGGUAAAUUUGUUAAUCUACAAUUGGUUUUAUUUUAAUUAUUUAAUUAAUCUAAAUUAGACGAACUUUUUUUUUUUAAUGAAAUAGUUAUAGUACAUUUACAUUUUCACUUCAUUUAGGAGAUAGGUACUUUGACUUUGGCACAAAUUUUAAAUAUAGUCAAUUGCCAUGAAUGAACAUCAUUUUAAAGGACUAGCAAAAGCUUUAUAACAACAACAAUGUCAUCUUUCUAUCUUUUAUAUUUAUAGAAGAGGAGUUAAGAUUUUUUAUGCCCCUAUUAUGCCCUUCUUAUACUUAUAUAAUCUCAGACCUGUUUACCCUAGUUUACCCCCAAACUCUAAAAAUCUUAAAAUAUCAUAAAAAAUGGUUCAAUGCAUUAUCUUAAUAGUAAAAAAAAUUAACAUACAGUACAUAUAAUGUAUAAACCACAAAAUCUUACAUUUUACGCCAAAAUCGUAAGAGUAAACAGGUCUGCAAUCUAUAUGUUUUACCCCCAAAACGUGUCAUCCAAGUUUCACAUUUCUGCAUUAUUUUGCCCACAUUUUUAUUUUUAAAGAUAAUUGCACAAAAUUUUCAGGAGACAUUCCUAAUCUAAUAACCAACACAAAUAGCAACAUAACGUCAAGACUUCAUUUUGGAUAAUUUUCUUUGCUGGUAUGUUUAAAAAAAUCAUUUAAAGAAAAAAUUGGAAAAAUUAUUAUUUGUAAAGGCAAAAACAAAAAAAUUGCAUGUUUUUUGUAGUUUAACUAAAUGUAGGAUUCAGUUAUAUUGCAAAUAAAUUCUUAUCUUUAUAAAAGGUAAGUAGAAGUCGUUUUUAAUACAAAAUUAUAUGCAUGAAAUUAUAAAAACUAUUCAAAUCACCAUCACGAGACAUAUAUAUAUGAGCGUACGGGUAUGUGAUUCAAUUUGAAAAGGGAAUGGGGAUGUUCUGCCUAUCAUUUUAUAUGUUGACUUUUACAGACUUCUUGGUCUUGUUGAUGAAUCACAAAAUUUCUCCUUCAUAAACUUUGUCUUUGCCAUCCUUGUUACUGUUGAUGGAAGUGGAAUAAAUUAUUCAAUUUAACUAAAUUAACUACUGCAAAUGACAUCCGAAUAGCUUGAGUCUAAUGUUACACUGGUGCGAAUGGCGGCGCUGCGUGUCUGAGUCCAUUUUUUUACAGCGAAAAAAUCAGAACUUUAAAAAAAAAUUGUAGAAAAUAAGCCCCUAAACACACCCCGUUAAAACUAGUAUAAAAUAAAUGAAGACGAGGCUUUCUUCCGGUAGAACUAUAAGUAGUAAUGCGCAAUGGAUUUCCAUUGUGCUAAGAACGAAAGUUAACAAACUUAAAAUGGGCAGGUUUGGCCGCAAUAGACUGUAGGCUUAAGGAAAAAAUCGGCACAUUUCGGGCGCAACAGACUGUAAAGGGUUAAAUUGCAGCCUCGGCCAUCCAACCAGUCUUGCCAAUUCUCUACACAUCAAAUUCUUUGGAAUACAGCCUUCCUCCAUCCACUUACCAUUGCAUAACCAGCGAAGGCGCCUCUUGCUAAGAAUUACCUGACCAAUCAUUUAAUAGUGUUGGCAAACAGCAUCUUUUAUGAGUGAAACUAUGAGGCUACUAAAGUAGUUAAGUUACAUGUGACUGUGAAUGGUUGCCCUAGACGACGUAAUGCACACAGCAAGUUAUGAUAAUUUAGGAUAUGGACCCUUUCCAUAAUUUAUAAAUGGACUCUACCGGGUUUUUAAACCUAAAUUUAAAAAAUUCUAUUUUGAAAUGCCUUCUAAGUUUAUUCUUAAACACAAGUUAUCUAAUAUUUUGAUGUAAGUAAUGGCAAUAAUUGAAUAGCCAACACUUAUUUUUCAGUAAUAAUAAUAAUAAAGAUUAUUUGAAAAUCAUGCUUCAUCCCCAAAGGCUCGAAGCGCGGUACAUACCACAUUGAAGUACAAAAUGCAACAUUACAAAAACUACAUACGAGAAUACCCAUUUUAAGUCUUUUCAUACCUUGCAACCAUAAACAAAACAGGCUAAUAUACAUCUACAAGGUAAUAGCUAGAUAGACAAUAUCACCCCAGCAGGUGUUUGCGAAAUAGAUAAGUCUUCAAAUCAGUUUUGAAAGACUCAAGUGUCUGGCUGUUUCUGAGCGCGAGAGAAAAGGUGUUCCAAAUUGUUGGGCCAGCAAAUGCGAAAGUGUGCCUCCGUAAGUCUCAAGGUGAACACAUGGUAUCGAGAGUUUGCCACUAUCAGAUGGAGUUGUCUAGUGGGUCUAUAAGGCGUCAGUAGUGCGUUGAGAUAGGAUGGUGCAAGCACGGUAACAGUUGCAAUUUUGUAAAGGCAACUCCCACAAUUAAAAAGCUAAGCAACUUAAUCAUACUGUGGUUUACUCGACUGAGCAGGACUAAUGGCAGACUCAAUGAGAAUUGGCACACAUAUACAGCAAUGCUCAGGGGGAUAUAAUUUAAACGUUGAUUAAAGACUUAAAAUUUUAAACUUCUUCAAAACAUUUUUAGGGAAAGAUGCCUCAUAUAUACCCAGGAAGCUCAAGAUUAGUGUCGAUUGAAAAGACAAACCAUUAUGAUGGGAAUGUAGGCCAAGAUAUCCAAUGUCAUCUUGGAUGAAUACCACAAUAUUUUACAAAUAGUCCUUUCAUUACUGAAAAAACACGUCCAAAUGCUUUAUUCUUUUGUGCAGUCGCCCACUUCCUAUAUACAUUUUGGCAAUUUUUUUAUACAAAUGUAGGAUUUCUAACUUUUAGCAUGCCAACAACCUAUAAUGGUUCCUUAUUAUAAAUAUACUUGCUGAGGCAUUUUUGAGCAUAUUUAUUAUUUUAUUUUUUUUGUCUUCUAUUAAUUGCUCCCGUCUAUAGCAAGUGUAACGUAGGUUUCAGACCCAUGUUAAUUACAAGACCCACUUGGUUAUAAUACGUCUGUGAUAGUGUGAGCCACAACUUCCUCACUUAUAUGACAUAAGGUUUAUGAAUUAUGAAGUUCCUUAAAAGUUUCAUAUCACUGAGACGCUUAAAAUGUUUACAAAAAAAAAUUAAAUUUAAACAAUAACCAAUUAGUAAAAGGCCAAUAACAAUUACAUUUAAAAUAAGUCUGCUCAUUACUAGUGACAUUCUAUAAUUCCUGAGCCUUCCACUAACGUCAUCAUCAUCAUCAUGUCCCUUAGUCCUUGGACCGUUACAGAUGACAUUCUCCUGUCUUCUGCACUUUGCACAGCAUCGCCUAAUUUUAGUCCCGUUUAUACUUUGAUGUUGUCUUCCCAUCUUUUUCUCUGUCUUCCUCCUCUUCUCCUAACGUAGUCACAUCUAACUCACUAAAGCACUUAAAGUUUAUCAAAACUUAACCUGAAAAACAAUGAAAUAAGCUAGGCUAAACAUUUUUAAAGUGUAAAGCUGUUUUGUUUGUAUUAAGAAUGUCAUAAGUAAAAAUAAGGUAAAAUAUGUGACUGUUAAAUUAAUCAUAUGAAAAUAUGGCAAUUUUUAAAUAAGCGUUGAUCUUUAAAAUAAUUAUGCCAGAUUAAAGCUCAGCAUUAAAUAUAAAAUUAAAAGAAGAGUGAUCACAGCUGACCCAGUUGUACAUUUAAAUAGGGCCUACAUCCUUUCCUAUCACUAAUCUACCGGUAUUGCAAUGGAGAUUUCAGCUCAAUGAGAUAUCCUAAAUGUCAUUCUGAAAAUUAAGAUUAACAGCAGAGGGAAUUAAAAUAUUCAGCUUACCUUACAUUUAUAAAUAUUUUGUAAUGUAAAGUGAUCUCUGCGAACAUUAUUGUACAUUGAAAUAAAUUGACAUUACUACAUUUAAAGUAAUACAUAUGCUAAUAUGAACAUUUCAACAGAUGUGAACGUCAAUAAAAAAUAUUAGAAAUAAAAAAAUCUCUUAGUUUUUAAUCACAAAUAACGAAAAGCGAAAUCUGCAAAUGAUUGAGGGUUUUGACUUAGCUUUUUCUAUUCUUAAUCUGUUCAUGUUGUCAAGAAAGUCCUCAUCCAUUGUCAGUAUAAUACAGUAGGUAGGUCAGUCUUGUCCAGCUGGGAGUGGAUGUCAAGUGUAAGCUUUUAAUUUAAAAGGGGACAAAAAAAGCAGACAAAAUAAAAUGGUUAAAACCGUGAGUGACAUGAGAGUUCUUAUAUCAUCCGUGCUCCUUAACAUUUUUAGUUUUGUUAAAAUUGUACAGAGUACAAAGAGACCUGGGGGGGGGGGCAUAAAAGAAAGAACAUUAUUAAUCACAUUUUAUUUUAAAACUUAUUAAUUUAAAAUCUUUAACAGUACUAUUUACUUCAGAAAUAAGUAUUAGGGUACUUGAGACAUAUUAUUGAUAUAGGAAAUUUUAAUGUCAUUUUUAGUGAUCAAAAGCGUAAGCGGCCUAAGCAAUAAAUAUUAAAACAAUUAAUAAAUUGUUCAAAAUUUAAUAUUCAUAAUUAUACUCUUCAGUUAUAAUAUGGAACAAGAUGUUUCUUAUAACAAUAACUGUUUUUAUUGAAAAAUAACUUCAGGUAGAUCGAAUUAUAAAAAGGUCAUGUAUUCUCUGGCUAUUUAUUUUUCAGGUGUAGAUAGGGCUCAUAAAUGUAUUUUUUGAUCAUUAGUGUAUAAAAAAAAGUGAUGAAAUGGUCUAAAUGUAUUAACUAUUAAUUCAAAUAAUUAGUUUUCAAACUCGAAAGCUCACUUUCUGUUUGUCUUAAUAUGGUUGUGGCGAAUAGUAUAUUGUCUAAGAUUAGGUAACCUUUGUAUGGCCACGGAAAUCAAAGAGUCAACAACUAUCUCUACACCAUACAAGGCUCAUGUGUAGUGUGAAGUCAAAUAAUUCAGAGACUGUUUGAAAGUUCAGAUUUAUUUAUUUUGUAGUGUACCGGUACUGUGUAGUAACAAAAAGAAACCUAUAAAAAAUAUUAAGAUGCACUCCACUCCUAUAAAAAUUACUAUGAUUCACUCCAUGCAAAAAAUGAAAGUUUCUCUUAGCAAAAUUACUAAGUGUCUCUCUUGGCUUAUAAAAUGUACACAGGUUUUAUUCCCAGGGUUAUAAUCAUCACUCAGACUCUUGAGUUAAACUCAUGAUUAAAUUAAAAAUAUAAAAUGUAAGGGCAAAAAUACCAUCAUUCACAGCAGAAGUACAUCACAUAAUCUGACUCUCAUAAAAGUAACACAGAUAAUAAAAGCAGUGAUUGCUGGCUCAUAUAAACUAAUAUCAAAAUUAAUUGAAGUGACUAUUUAUAUUGCAGUACUGUAAAGUAAACAUUGUUGUUGAGAUAGCAAGGUCUGAUAAUUUGCCAGAUUUUUAAUGGUGCAGCCUUAGUAAAGGGCUGGUAACAAUAUGGUGCACACGACCAUCACUUGUAAUACCGGUAAUAUAAAUUGUAAUGUAAAAAAAUAUUCCAAGAGUUGUCAAACAUGGUAGGUGUUCAUUACUGCUGACGUCACUGCGACGUCACGAUCACCCACUUUCAAUUACCAAGCAGUCACAUCGUAGUCAUAACAAAGGGGCAAAGAACUUUUCUGAAAUACCAAGGACGUCAUAUUUCAAUGCCAUAUAUUUCUUUAUUCGUUAAUUUAUAGAGAAAGAAGCGAAUCAAAUAGAGAAUGAAUAAAUAUCGAAAGUUUCACCUGUACGUUUUAAAAUUGCUCAGUCAGCAAAAAUUGAUGCCAAAACCAGCAGUAAUGAAAGGGUUAAAUACUUAUUAAGUCUUGAUUUGAUAUCAAAUAUUUCUUUACAACUUUGACAUAAAAUUCUGCAUUGUCAUACUGAUGAAUAUUUUUGUCCACCCAUAUUUAAUUGAUUUUGAUUAAAACUGUUUUUUUUCCUCUUCAGAUUAAAUCAGCAGCCAUGGAUUUUGACUCCUCUUCAAAAUUUAUAUCUUCAUUGGCUAAAUUUCUCCAGUCAUUAUGUAAUGGAUAUGUGGAAUUCAACAGUGGUGUUGAAGUAAUUGGGCAUAUUUAUUUAAAUGUUGACACUGGAAAAAAGAUAGACUACAUUCUCAAUGAGAAAGUUUGUAAGACAGAUGAAAAUUCUGUAACUUUCAUUAGUAAUAGUUUCCAUGCACAGCCGGCAGAAAAACCUAAGCCAUCACCUAAAGGCAGUUCUGACCACAUUAAACAAACUGAAAAUACAGAUCUAAAAGUGGAUGAGGAAGAAAUCAUUAUUAUGGAUGAGCCAGAAAGUAAAAAUGUAGGAACUUUGCCAUCAAGAGACCUGUUUCGUAGGAAAAGUAUUAGUCCUCAUACUAAAGCAGGGCGUCCACCAAAACGGCCACACAGUCAAAACUUUUCAUCAGUUCAUAAACAUUCAAAGCAGCAUAAAUCUGAUCCCUCAUUACCAGGUCCAAAUGGUGCUCAACACGAAGCAGAAUCUAUACAUUCUGAAAGCAACUCCUCUUCAAACUUUGUACCUCCUCAAUUAACAAGUGAAACUUCAUUAGCUGCAGCAUCUGAAUCAGAUAUAUCUCAUCUUUCAAAAGUCUUUCCACAAACAUUUGGUGAUUCCUCCAACAAUCAAAGUGCUUCAGAAGAAAGAGACAUUAAACCUCAGUUAGAUGGUGAUAUGAAUAUUAUUCAAGUUAAACAAGAGUUUAGUCAUUCUGAGCAUGGUGGUGAGGAGGAUCAAGAAACAUGUAAGUUAAAAUCAAUAUAAUGUUUCUAAAGCGCCAAGUUUCCCCAUUUUAAGGUUAUCACACUGUAUGGAUUUCUGUAAAAUCAUGAACUGUAGAUUUUAACAUUUGACAUGUCCACGUAUGCAUAUGUGAAACUUAGUUUUUUUACGGAUAUCUGCAUUUUAUGUCGUAAUAGCACUUCUAAAUUUUAAGUUUAAGCAGUACUCGUUCCAUGGUAUGGGUAAUGAUUCGUAAAAUGUUGACAGAAAUAUUUGCUGUUCCUGUAAACUGCUUUAAAAAAUUAAAAAUUAGUUCCUAUCUGCAGAGAUGUGCUUACUUUCAAUAUGUCGAUACAUUUUUCAGAUGAUGAUUCACAAGAUCAAAGUACUGUUUUUCCUGGUAUGCCUUAUGAUCCAUAUUAUGGUGAUGGCAAUAGGAGAGGUCAUAGAUCAGAUUAUGGUCCAGGUGGUUUGUCACAAGAUUUUUUUCAAGGUAGUGCUGGACCUUCAGAAGGAGUAGGAGAUUCAUCAGGUUGGUCCCUUUUCUUAUUCAGCAAAAAUUUAUGGCAAAUAGCAAGGAAAGAGAUAUUUAAUUUUAUUCUUUAUUCUGCAAGAUAUGAUUUUACAAUUGACCCAUUUUAAACAAAUCAUCAGAUUAAAAAAUGUUCAGGCAAAUUUAGUUCUUUUUUGUUUAAAAAGUAGCAACAUUAUGCUGACCUUAAUAAAUCAUCUUCAUUUGUAUAUGAAAAAUGAAGUUGUAAAACAUAUUCCUUGCUAUUAAGCCAAGAUCUUAAAAUCAUGGGACCAGAGUUUAACAUUUGUGUCACUUGAAAUUACUCUUAUGGAUAAGAAAAAUGCACACAUUAAAAGAAUUCAUACCUGACAUUUUAUGUUGAUAAUUAAAAAAAUUUACCCUUUAAUUUUAUGAGAUCAAUUAUGCAUAAAUGUUUUAACUGUUGGUUCCCAUGAUCAUGACUGGAAAGGAUUAAAAAUACUGACUUGUUACAAAUUAUAACAUUAUCUUUUAUAGAAAUUAAGGGCAUUUAACUAUUAAUUCAGUCCUAUCUUCAUUAUUUUAUUUUCUUUUACUUUCUACUUCAGUUGUUUCAAUUUCCUUUUUUAGUUAAAACAUUUUCUAUGAGUUUUUGUUUUUGUUUUGACCCUUGGGAUUAUAUUUUCUAUUUAAAAGGAUAGCUUUUUGAAUAAGUAUUGAUUUGUCACUCUCAAUUUCAUAUAAGUCAAGAUUUUAUUAAGGGAACAUCUCUUGAAAACUAGCUAACAACCUCUAAUUGAACAUUUAAUACAUUUAGUUAUGCAUAAUCUUUUAUGGCAGAUAAAAUUCUCGGUGUCCCUAGUUAGUUGAAUUCUGAAUUUAAAGAGUUGCUUAUCAAUAUUGAAUUGGUUUAUCAUGCUUUUCUAUAUUAGACCAUGUCUAUUUAUAAUUGCUAAUGACAUAAAGGUUUCAGUUCAAUUGGCAAUCAUAAAAAAAAUUCUUUUGCAGUAUGUAGUGAAGUAAAUGGGUCAUUUAACACUAGUCUUUGAUAUCUUUUAAAUUAUCAGCUUUUGAAUACUAUAAGAAAUCCACAAAUCUCCAUAGCCUGAUAUUUCAUUUUAUGUACCAAUGUUCUAUUCAAGUAUUUUAAUCCUUUCCUGAAUGAGAACAUGUGAACAAAUAUAAAAUUUAAUUUGUUCAUUGAUGUUCUUGUAGCUCUUUUCAAUUGCUUUUAAUUUAUCAUAUUUAAAAAAAAUUAAUUAAAGCAAUUGAAAUACUUAUUAUAAGCCAUUCUUAGCCACAAUAUUAAAUUGCUUUGUCAUAAAAAUGUUAAUUCAAAAUGAUCAGAAAAGCUUCUUUUAAAUUGAGAUGGAUUUAACAUUGAGUUUUGAUUUAUUUCUCAAGGCUCUCAAAAAAUCUUUCAAAUUUAAAAUUGAAAUGGCUAUAAAAUUUAAUUUAUUUCCAAUAGUUAGAUGAUUGAUGUUAACUGAAAGAUUUCAAUUUGAUUAAAAAAUUCCCUUCAUUUGGGAAUUAGGUUAGUAGAUGCAAAGAAAGCUAGUUGCAAAGAAAGCUAGAUGCAAAGAAAGCUAAACAAAGGGAACAAUAUUUAAUUUAAACAGCGAAUUUACAAAAGAGAAUUAUCUUACAUUAAAAAUGUUGAUUUAAUAUUUGCAUUAUUUUUAUAGAUUUCUAGAUAUUCUUCAUCUUCUAGAUUUUGGUUCCAAUAUAUUAUUUAGCUCAAGAACUAGAUGUAACACUAAUUAAACCACAAUUGCUGUUAUUGUAGGAAAAUUUUGUGUCAUUUACUUUUUUCAGAUUAAGCCAUCAAUUAAGUUCCUUAAUCUGAAGAGAUUUUGUUAAAGUUGUUUGAUGCAGCACUUGGAAUCUAUAGAUAAUUGUAGCUUAAGUAAAUCAAAUAAAAAAAUAGUUACCAAUAAACAAUGUUGUCAAAGGGCAAAUAGUUAAUUAACUUCACUCCUGUUUUUAUGGUUAAAAGCGCAUGAGAAUAUUUCAUACUAGAUAACUAUAUAAAAAAAGGUAUGAUCUAGGCCAACUAAGUUCAUAAAAUAUAGUGAAUUUAAAUAAAUUUGAACAACUCAUAAUUAACAAAAUACAAGAUAUCUUUUUGGAUAUAACUUAUUACUAAAGUCUAAACACUUUACGGAUAAUUUUAUCCCAAUAUGUGCAUAUAUUUUCAUUUUCCGGCAUUACUUAAUAAAAUUGUGACGACAACUUAUUCCUUAUCUUCUAAUAAACAUCUCAAUUUAAAAAUUGCUUUUCUUUGAGCUGUACAGGUAGGUGGUUCUAAUAUAAAGUUUUCUUUGUCUACAUUUCUAUUUUAACUCUAAAAAAUCUUGUGCUAAAAAAAGUUUUUAAAUUUUAAUUAAAAGGAUACAUUUUUCUGUGAUGGCGAAAGUUUGGGUGCAGUGUUCACCCAUUAUUAUUAGGCCUUAGUUGAAAGAGGGUUAGCUCUGCCAUGUCACAAGAAAGGCUUGUUUGGCUUAAUUUCUAAACAAAAGAUCAUUUAAACAAAUUUUGUUAUGUUAAGGAGUUUUCUGUCUUUGUGUUUGUAAUUAAGAAUGAAUGGACUUGUAUUUCUGUCAUCAGGGAAAAUAAUAUCCUUUUAUUGAAUGGUUUCAACAGCAACUGUUUCAGUUGGUUUAAAACUUAGUUUAUAUGGGUUUCACCACUCCAAUUGUUACUCUGUUUCUCCUCUAGCAUUACUUUUUCCUUUUAAAUCUUUCCCUCGACUUAAAACUCAUACAUUUGUUAAAAUACACAACUUUGUGUCUAUACAUUAAGAUAAAUAUACAUAAUCACACACGCAAAAACACAUCCAUAUCCUAUAUCCCGCAUACUUGAACUAUUAUAUUUUUUGCUGUGCAUGUUCCCAGUGUAAAUUUUAUAUUUUGCUCCAGACAGUACCGGUAUACUACCUUUAUGUUUGUAAGACGUUUAGUAAAAUAAGCUACUCAUCUUAGGUAUAUCAUUACUACUUUUUAAAUACCUUGUUUUCUUCAUGAAAUGACUUGUUUUGAUACUUUCUUUUAUUUGUUUAUUUGCAAAACUUACAAAGUACUUUUUACCAAAUAUUUACAUAUCUUUCACAUUUUACAGUUUAAUGUUUUUUUAUUUGCUUUUCAUGAAAGAUAUUAAUUUUUUCAAAUAUUGUACUCUUCCCUUGUUUUAUAUGAAUUGUAUUAAAAAUAUAUAAUGCUCCCCUAUUGCAGUGUAAAUGUUUUUGCAUUUUUAUUAAAAUGUUUUAUAGCUUAUCAAUCAAAUUGAUUUUUUUGCUUGAUGAAAUAUAUUUAUUUAAGGUAGAGAGGGUUUGGGGUCCUUUUGUGGUUGAUAAGGUUGAUUAGUUGUGGAGUGUAAGGUAUUAAAUAUUUUUUCUAUGCAGAGCUUUUCAUUUUACUUGCACAGUAAUGAUUGAUUUUCAAAAGUUGAAGGUGUUUAUUCCGUACUGCAUUAAAUAAUUAAACAUGACGAUAUAACUAACAGUGCGUACAGAAAAUUAUGUACACUAUUGAGGGUUUAUUUGUUUUUUUAUUUGUCUGCAGCCUCUGUGAGUGAGAGAGUGUACAUUCAAGGCAUAGGUGAUUUUAAACGAAAACCAGGCAGUGCAGGAAUGAAAACGUCCUCAGGACUAUAUAUAUGUCAAUUCUGUAACAGAACUUUUAAAUAUAAAGUUCAUUUUGAUGGGCACAUAAAUACACACUUAAAUUUAAAAUCAUUUUCAUGCCCUUACUGUGGGACCUCAUUUGCCUAUGCCAAUAAUCUGUCUAGACACAAACGGACUUGUCCCAUAGCCAGAAGAAGUUUAUUGUAGAAAGUUUUGGAAGGCGUAAAGAUUGAUCUUCUUUGAUGUCUUAUUUUCGUAGUAAGAAAAUGUUAAAUUGCACUUGUUUUUGUUUUGGAGCCUAUCACUUUGAUUGUGAACUUCAUAUUCAUUUCUAUGAGUGAACAUAAUUGCAGUUUUGAAUUGCAGCAAUGUUUGUGUUGUACCACCCCUUCAAUUUUUAUAGUUAAAGAUUUGUCACUGUUAAUUUGGCGUAAAAAGAUUUUGUUUGAUUUGAUUUGGCAUCAAAUAUUGUAUAUAUGUAACCCUUUGGAUGACUACUGACAUUAGUUCCCUGAAAACAAAUUCUGAGCUUGAUAAAUAAACUGAGACUUAGAGAGACAGAGAAAUUGGUACCCAUCAUUGGCUUUGCCUUUUUCUCAUCCUCAGAGGGAGCAAGAUUUGGCACCUCGCAGAGAUCAGAAAAAGGCAAGCUGUCGAAUUCUUCCUCACUCACCUCACCAAGCAGAAAUGCAAAUUCCUGUUGGUGCUUUUAUUGUGACAUGGGCUUCAAUUCUGAGCUCCUUUUAGUGCAGCACCUAAGCUCCCACACGCAUAGAAAGCCAUUUCAGUGUGAAAAAUGCUCACUUUCUUUUAUGCAUCGAUCAACUCUUAGGCGACACCAAAAUGUCUGUGGUGGUAGUUUUACCCUUAAACGACAUGUUUGUCCUUUUUGUGAACGUACAUUUACCUACAGACAUGAUUUAAAAAGACAUUGCAAGAAUAUUCAUGAUGAUUUUAAACAAUUGAAAUAGUUUGCUACAACAUUUUACUUUAUUUUUUGGGUAAUUUAUAGUUAUGAAACAUGAUAAGCAAUAGCAGUAUAAAAAGCCAUCACAGAAUAUUUUUCAAUAAAUGUAUCUGUCAACUUUUUGCUGCAGUUAUUUUUCAAGUAAAUCCAUGUCAUCUGUGAAGUUUGGAGCCCAAAAUUAGACAUUUCAUUUUAUCACCAAUACAUACAAUUUUGGAAAGUUGGACACAAUCAUUCUUUCUUUUCUUCAGCCACCAGGCGACGUUCUUCUAAUCGUUUUCAUUCUACUAAGAGACCAGAGCCUUCUAAUCUAGAUGACAAUAUGGCCAAGUUCAAGUUUGAGUGUGAAAUUUGUGGACGCAAACUUUUCCAUCAUGGACAUUACAUGAGACAUAGAAAAAAAUGUCAGAGAUAAUUUGUUUGAAUCCUCCUCUCAAUGAGUUAGUGGCUGAUGAAUAAUAACAUAUUUAAGCAUUUUUUGAUUAUUUGAUGAUGGCCUUUAGUUGUAUUUGAAUAUUGAGUUAAUUAUUAAUUUUUACAGCUCAUAAUUUUUUUUUUCAAAAUUCCAAGCUUAUUAUAUAUACACUCCUCAAAAAUUGAAAUAAAACCUCACAUAUCCUAAAUAUGCUGUUUUCAUAGAAAAGUGUAUCCAGUUAUCAGACUACACGGUAGCCUUAAGAUUGCAUAGUUUAUUAAAUCUGAGGGUGGGAUCUAUGUGUUGUUUUUCUUUCUUUUACAGCAUUGCAUUCUCACUUCAUUGGAAAACUGACCGUUACUUCUCCUGGAAUGAACACAUUCACAAAUUAUUGUAUUCCAUGUGGGAAAGCUUUUUGUGGGAAAAAAGAUUAUGAUGGUCAUAUGAACACUAGGCAUUAUGGACUGCGUCCUCAUGUUUGUAUUCGAUGUGGAAAAUCAUUUGCUUAUCAACAAAGUUUAAGGAGACAUGCUGUUAUUUGCAGUGUGCAGAAGGCAUUGUGAGAAUUCUAUCUGAAGAUUCAUUAACUACAUUUUGUUCUUUGAGGCGUGAAUGUUUCUUGUAUUAUGAUCAAUGUAAUUCAUGCUUAAGAGAAUUUCUAAUGGUCUUUUAUGACAAACUAGAGGAAAAAAAAGUAUGGUUAAGAUUUUAAAUCUGUUCCCAUGUGUAUAAGUUUUAAUACAGGGAAAAUUGAUCAAGCAAUCAUCCUAUUCUAUUCUGCAGUUGGCAUCAGUUUGGCAAAACGUACUGGGGCCUUUGUUUCAUCGUGGCCCCACAUAAGUUCUUCCGCCACCAAGAAUUUUGUGUGCAAGAUUUGCAAUGGACAUUUCAAGAACUCACGAGACCUGGAUGGGCAUAUGAACACCAAACACUUUAAGACUAAACCUCAUAUAUGUGAAGUCUGUGGCAAGGGAUUUGCAUAUUCACAGAGUUUACACAGUCAUAUGAUGACUCACAAUAAAGGAGUUAAGCUUGAAAGCUACUUUGCACUCUGAAAACUGACAAAAGAAUUGGAUGAUUUUUUUAAAAUCUACUAUCUCUUCUGAAUGUCCUUACCUUAUAGAUGGUUUUUCCUUCGUAGCAACUGAAGAUGCACUAUUAUGUAUAAUUGUUGCAUGUGGUAUAAAUUAUGGAUAUGUAGCAGAUAGACUCAUAAUACAUAGUACAUAACUCUUUUCUCCCCAGGGUUUUCUCAUACUAGAUUUCGAUGUGACCUGUGUGGAAGGGAAUGCCGUGACAAAAUACAUCUUCGUGAUCAUAAAAACAGUGUUCAUUUUAAAUUUCUUCCCUUUGUAUGUUCUUGUGGAAAAAAGUUUGCUUACAAGAGUAGUUUUGUGCGCCACAAACGGAUGUGUUCUAGCAGCACUGGUUUAUCAAGAGACUCCUACUCUGAAUUUUCAUAUCAGACUAAUAUUUUGUAAAUAAUUAUUUUAGUGGUUAAAUAUUAAUGUAACAGGUUAUAUAAAUUAUCUGGACGAUUCCGAGCCAAGUAUUUUUUCAGUUGUGAUAUGUCCACUUUUGCAGCCACCUGUUUCAGUUAUUUAUUUUCGUUUCAACUCCUUGUUCAACAGAACCUAGGGUCCUAUUAAGAAAAAAUUAUUUUUUGUCAAUGUAUUUAUAGGAGCAGCAGAAAGUUAUUGUUUGAAUUUUUAAGUUAAUCCCAAAUAGCUUGUUUCAAAGGAAAACUUUUUCUUCAAAGUUUGUGCUUAAGUUAAUAUUUUGGUCAAUAUCUAAUGGUCAUUUAUUUGUGCUGUGUAAAACUUAUUUUGGGCAGUUACAGCAAUCUUGCUAAAAACAUUAUUUAAAUGACAUUGUUAGCCGGGGGGCCCCCCCCCCCCUCUCCUUCCUGUCAUAGCUUAUGAAACCCUUUGCAAGACCAAGGGAGGUUUUCCAAUUCAUCACAGAAAUAAUGUUCCUUUAAAAAACAAAUGAAUUAUUGUUUGUACUUGUUAAAUUCAAAAUGUGAGCAAGAUGUAUGUCCCAAUAAAAUUGUUGCGAAUUUAUAUUAGGUUUUUGAUAUCUGAGUAACUGUCAUGCUCACUAGUAACAAGAACAUUUCUUGAUCCAGACAAAAUGACUUAUCUUUUCUGCAGGUUCAGUGACGUUUCAUUCUCAUUCAAAACUGAAUAGGCAUCAGUGUGACAUCUGUCUAAAGUGCUGCAGAGAUCGAACACAUUUACAAGAACAUAAGAAUAGUGUUCAUUAUAAUUUAUUACUAUAUUCUUGUGAAUUUUGUGGCAAAAAAUUCCCCUACAAAAGGAAUGUUGUACGCCAUAAACUUAUGUGUUGUAAGACACCCAGGCAUUGCACAUUUUAUUAGCUAACCCCUUUCUGAUUUGAACAAUGGGAUCCUCUUUUUAAAGAAAGUUUAAAACAUCAUUUAUACUUUUCAAAUGAAACACUAGUUCACAUUCUUCAAGUUUCCCUUAAUUAAAAAAUGAUUACUAUUCUGAAAUAUUCACUUGCGCUUUCUCUUGGUAAAUGUUGGAAAAGGAAAAAAAAUGAUUUGUUUUGUGAUGCUUAUUCUGAAUAUUAGGUUCCAUUUUCUUAUUUUGAAAUUGUCAGAAAUCAACAAUAAAAAGACAUAAAGAUAUUCUUCAGUCAACACUUCUGUCCAUUUCACAGGUACAGGGCACUCCCGUUUUCAGUGUAGAACUUGUGGACUACUUUGCCACCAUCGAAGGCAACUUGAAGAACAUACAAAUGCUGUGCAUAAUGGCUUAAGUCUUUUUUUUUGUCAGUUUUGUGGAAAACGGUUUGCUUACAAAAAGAACUGCCUUCGUCAUAUGAAACAGCGAUGUGCAAAUAAAAGUUAUAAUGAGUUUAUGAGAGCUGUUUCAAAGUAAUGUUCUAUCAGGUGGUCCGUUUUGUCAAUGUAUGGCUGGAAUACUGACACUUUUAAAAAUAAUUUUCUUCUUCAUCUUAACUGAUAUUUUUCCUUUUUAUUCUAAAAUGAAAUAUUUUCAUGAAACGUAUCUUCAUUUCUUAAUUGAUUUUGGGAAGACAUUUCAAAGGUGUUAGUUUUGCCAAUUUGUUAGGGAUUGAAGCUGUUGAAAAUUAGGAAGUAAUAUAUUUAUUGUAAGUACUGUUGAAACUUAUUUUCGGAUAAAAAGAAUGAAUGGUCACUCAAAUGUUACUGUUAAUUCUCCUUUCUCUGAGACCAGAACGACCGACAGACUGACAUAAAAAUGUCGGUAAUUAUAUAUUUUGUUGAGCAUUUGAGUCUUGAAAGCCCUUUAUUUCUUUCAGGUCCUUUGAAUCCCAAGUAUCGCUGUGAAUUAUGUGGAAAGCACUGUCAUCACAAGAAUCAUCUUCUUGAACACAAAUCUGUUGUACAUUUUAGGAAUGUCUCAUUUUCUUGUGAAAUUUGUGGCAGAAAAUUUGGAUAUAAAAGAAGUCUACAGAGACACAAAUUGUUAUGUAGGACUAGUUACACUGUUGAGGGUUGAUGCACUCAUAUAGUCUGGAAAACAUCAAUGGCUUAUGUUUGAAAGCUGCUUUGAAAUAGCCACUAUUUUAAUCAACUCGCAAAAAAAGAUAUAAUUUCUGUAAAAAUCUUUUCAUUUUCUAUAUUAUUGACCUUCUAGUAAAGAAUAUACAUUGCAAAAUGCAGUAUAUUGCAAACGAUCAUACAAUUGAGUUCUUUGUUAGUAUUUUAUUUAUAACCAUUUAAUUUAAUCCAAAUAACAUUCUCUGAAGUACUUCAUUGAAUUGUAAUCAAGUAAUGAGCAUUUGCUUUUUGUGGAUAUUGUAUAAAAAGUGUUUCUGAAGUUUUAUUUCUAACUUGAUUUGUUUAAAUAUCUUGUUGGGGUCAAUACUUUGUGAGAUUUUUAGUUACAAGUUCUGUACUUCAUUUAAUCAGCAGAUGGGUUCUAUCUUAGCAAAAAGUUAAUUCAUUAAGUAUCAAUUUUUCCUAUGUGUUAUUUGGAAACAAGUUUUCAUGUAGAAUGGUCUUGGGUAAUUGUAAAGUCUACCUUUUGAACAUUUUAAUUGAUAAAAAUAUAAAUAAAAGGAUUUUUAUUUUCCUAUUGGUUCUUAUGGUAAAUGCAUUAAACUGCAUGAUUUGGAAACAAAUUUUAAAUAAAGCUUUGUGAAACAUUGGUCAAACAUUGCUUUUUUACAGCUUGACUUUUUUUUCUUUCUAAUAAACAUUAAAGACAAACAAUAUUCUCUUGUGACCUGGUUUUAUAAUUCCCGCUUAUCACUGUUUGGAUCUUUAAUUUAAAAAUCCACUUACACUACCCAUAAAAUUUAAACAUUUUUGAAUUUCCAGGUGGGCCAUUGGGAACGCAUCCAUGGUGCAACCUUUGUAGAAAGCAACUUCAAAGCAGUCGCCAUUUUAAGGAUCACAUGAAUAGCGUUCAUUUUAAAAAACUUCCUUAUGCCUGUAAUUAUUGUGCAAAAAAAUUUGGCUACAAAAGCAACAUGCUUCGUCACCAAAUUACCGCACAUGCUCAUCAACUGCAUUCAGAGGAGCAUAGCUUUUUGAAUUGCCAAUAAUAUAAUGGGCGGGGGGUUAUAAUUUCAUUAGUAUUGCAAAUAUAAUUACUAAAUACAAAUGUAGUUUAAUGAUUUUCAAAUGUUUUAAAGUAAUUAGUGCAUUUCUCUUUAUUAAAUGGACAUGUUAAACAUAUUUUUCAGUUACAAGAGCUUUUUUUGUGACAUGGUAAUAUAAAAUGAAAUCUACAUUUAGUUAUAAUGUUGAUAUUCAGGUGCAAAGUGUUAAUUAUGUGCAAAUUAUGUUUUUUAUGUCAGUGACUAUAUUAAAAAUUAUAUUUAGCUAGGAGGCAGAGGUUAUAUAGAUUUUCAAGAAUUCCUUUGUAUUGCUAUAAAUAUAUAAAAAAAAAGUUUUUUGUUGAAUUUCUUGAAUUACUGUCUCAAAUUAAUCAUUAAAUAUAUUCGCCAAAAUUGGUCAAAAGAGGUGAAUAAGAAAAGAAUCAGGAUAGUAAUUUUUCUCCUCAGAUCAUAGCUUGAGAUUGAAUCGACCAACUUGCAUCCUUUGUGGAAAGUCAUACCAAAAACCUUUGCAUCUGAAUGAACACAUGAAUAGUGUCCACUUCAAGAAGUUCCCAUAUCGGUGCCAGAACUGUGGAAAGUGUUUUCCUUACAAGGGGAGCUGGGUGCGGCAUAAGAAAACUGUCUGUCGGCAACUUGGAUAUCCAGUUGAUCAUUAUCCCACACUUUGUUAAAAAUCUGUGAAUUGUUAGCAUAUCUCUUAGUAAACAGUUGACUUUUAUCUAAAGUUUUGGCAAUUCGACAAACUGCUGUUCUUAUGGUUUUGUUUCAUCUUUUCAAGUAUGAAUGUAGUUUUCUUGACAUAUUGUUGAAAAGACGAUGAAGUUUACAACAUUUUCAGAUAAUGAUUAGAUGGCUGUAACCUUUUUGGUGGGAAAGAUGCAAAAUAAAGUUGUUUCCUCUUUCACAGAUCUGGCAAGCUACCGGAAUUGUGCUUACUGUGGCAAACGUUUCCAAAGCAACUUUCAUCUUCAGGAGCACAUCGAUGCUGUUCAUCAUGGAGUAAACCAAUAUAAAUGUCCUAAUUGUAGUAGGACAUUUGGAUACAAGAGGAGUCUUAGGCGGCACAUUGUCUUAAAUCAUAGUUUAGUUCCAAUGAGUUCUGGAACUUUCCAUUUUGUUUGACUUCUUUGAGUUCAAAGGUUGUGUUUUCUAAUGGAAUGUGUUGUGGAGAAUAAAAUAAUUUUGCCUCAAAGUCCUUAGUUUAUGAUUAAUUUAAGCUCAAAAAGUUCUUUGGCCAGUUCUUUGAAAUGAUUUUAUUCUUUAGCAUAUUCCAUCAUAUGUAAAAUUAGGAGAGUCAUAAUUCUGUACCGCCCCCCAAUGAUGUCAGUUUGCAAUAAGUUUUGGAAUGAAUUACCUUAAUUUAUUUUUUCAGUAUGUCUGUUUUCUUUGAAAAUUGGUUUUCUUUCAUUUCAUGUUGUGACAUGGCAGAGGCAUUUGUUUUUGAAACAGGAAACAUUAAAUAUAUGCAUGAUUGCCAGAAUAAUUGGUGUAGUAGUUUUAUUCCUUCAAUUUUUCAAUUCUUAUCCAUUUCACAGAGUUUGUUAAAGUUUCCAGGUUCUGUAAUAGUUGUUACAAAUACUUUUCAAGCAACUUUCAUCUCCAAGAACACAUCGAUGCUGUACAUCAUAAAGUGAACCAAUAUGCAUGUCCUGAUUGCAGUAGGACUUUUGGUUACAAGAGGAGUCUCAGGCGUCAUAUUAUGUUAAGCCAUAGCUCUGUUUCUGUAAAGGAGAGUUCUGAAUAAUUUGAAUUUUACUGAUGUUAGGAACCAUCAUGUGAUCUUAUUUAUAAAGGCUUACUAAUUUACUGGCGUGCUAUCAUGUUAACUGUCAUUUAAAAGAAAAAAGCCCAACUUAAAUAUAGUGGGACUUGCUAAGGUGUGUUGUAACAGUUUCUUCCAGUGUUGCUAUUUUUGUGUAAUACACACCAUAAAUUGAUUUAUCAUUACAUGGAUUAACUAUUGUCCCUGGGUUUUUAAUUUUUUUUAGCAGGAUUGUUUUUUCUGGUAAUAUGAAUUUUUGUGACAUGGCAAGGGCAUAGUUAUUUCAGAGCUUGGAGCUCAAAUUCUUGAUUUAUUUCUUUUAUGUUACUUGAGCUCUAACAAAUAGGUUGUUGAAAAGUUAAAUUUUAGCAUUUCCUUUUUCACAGAUUGUGCUAGCGUUUCCAGGCACAGUUGCAGUAGUUGUGACAAAUAUUUUUCCAGUAAUUUUCAUCUUCAAGAACAUUGUAAUGCUGUUCAUGAUCGGCUGAUUGAGUACCGCUGCUCAUUAUGUAACAAGUCUUUUGCUUAUAAAAGAAACAUGAGGCGCCACAUGGCUAUAUGCAGUCGAAGGUUUAGGGAAGGCGAAUAUGGACUGGAUCAAAUUCAUAUUUCUUCAACACUUUCUUGAUCUUAAUAUUUAAUAAUUUUUGUUUACUAAAUGAUUAUGAACUAUUGACAUUCCUUAGUUUCUAGGUAUUGAUGAAUUCUCUUUGCAAUUAUAAAAAAGCUGAUUUGAUGAAGGGUUUGCCAUCUUUUAGUUGGCGUUUUCAAUGGUUGUACCCUUUCUGCAGUCCAAGAUGUUAUUUUUGUUAUGUACCAUUUGGUUUGUAAUUGCCACACAACUGAAAGAGCAGAGAAAUGGUGUUCAUUUUUAUGUUCUUCCAAAUUCUUUGUGCCAACAGAGUUGCAUAUAGAAACAACUUCAGAAGACUUUUGAUUUGAGGUGUAAAGUCAAGCUACUAUACUAUGAGGCAUAGCGUUCAUUUAUUAUUUCUGUUUCAAAGUGAAGUCUCAGUAGGUUUUUACAUAGUAUUAUUGUAAUAAAGAAUUGAUAGUUUUUCCAUGAUAACUUCAAGUCAUUCAAGUUUUUAAAAUGUUUUUAUUUAAUAAGACUCUGUAAUUGUCCAGGCAUUUUUCAUCUGGAACUUAUGUCAUUUCUUCAUAAAGCUUAUAAAAGGUGUUUUCGGUCUAAGGUAUACCCCUCAGUUACAGAUUAUUAAUUUUUAAAAAAUGCAUUCUAUCAGUAAUAUGUUUAAUCUGGAAGUGAAAUGGGUCUGUAACAGGAUUAUUUUUAUACUCUCUCCUCAGGUGGUGUGUUUGUUUUGCCACACAGCUGUAGAAUGUGCGAGAAAAGUUUCAGAGAUGGCUAUUGUCUUAAAGAACAUGAAAAUAGCGUCCACUUUAAGCUUUCCCCUCAUAUGUGUCCCAAAUGUGGGAAAGGUUUUGCCUACCGACAGAACAUGAAUAGGCACACAAUUACGUGUACUAGAUCUUUGAAGUACUAAUCACUGUUUGUUGUCAUUCAGGAGAAGAAUUCCUGUCGUGCUUGACAUUUAAAAGGAAUUGACCAGUAAAAUAAAGCCAUUUUUUAUCCCUCUUCCUCAGGUAUCCAUUUUUUACCAAGUUAUGGAUGUAAUAUCUGCGGAAGAGCAUUCAAGGAUUCAUACCGUCUAGGGGAGCAUAAAAAUAGUGUUCAUUUAAAGAUCUAUCCACACAUUUGCUUUAAGUGUGGCAAAGGAUUUGCCUACAGACACAAUAUGACCAGACAUGCAUUGCUAUGUUGCAGGAGAUAUAAUACAUAGGUUCAUUUUGAGUUUCCAAACUUUUGUUUCACAUUCAUACAAUCGGGAGUCAUCUUAUUUGCAGUCUUUUUGUUUUGUUUUCUGAUUUAUUUUCAUAAUGUACCUCCUUAUUGCAAAGAAUAUUUUAAUAAACUCAUUAUGGUGUUGAUUCCAGUCUCAUUUGGGCCUUCCAAUGUUUCAUUGUCUUUUCCCCUAAUGUAAGCCAUUUUGAAACCAGUUUCUUAUUGGGUUAUGUAUGUUAAGUGUUGAUUUGUUUCUCCAAAAUAAAAGUUUUGAAGUCCAGUUUUAUUGAAAUUAUGGCAGAUAUGAACUUUGUCUUGAUUAACUACUUUGCUAAUUUCAAUACAGUUUGUGCAUAAUUCUUCCCCAGAUAUAUUCUGUAGGACAAGAUACCAGUGUGACUUUUGUGGAAAGCGUUUUACAGACUCGUUUCAUCUCAAUGAACAUACAUUUUGUGUCCAUUUCAAAGUUUACCCUUUUGUAUGUUCCAAAUGUGGAAAGGGCUUUGGUUACAAGAGAAAUUUUCAAAGGCACAAUUUGUUGUGCACCAAAUAAAUAAAUAGCUAUCCUUAAUUUUAAUGACAUGAAUUUUGUUAUCCUUUUAUUAAAAUUGACACAAGCUUUGAGCAUUGUCUUUUAAGAAUUCAAUUUUUUUCAAGCAAUUUUACUCUCCAAUAUCCCCCCUAUUGUUAUAAAAAGUUUAAACAUGGCAGGUCACAUUAUCGUACUAAUAUUCUUUUGGUAAAUCUUCAAUAUUCUUGUUUAAACAUUUAUGUAGCAAUUUUUAUUUAUUUUUUUUAAAUUUCCAUGUCAAAUGUAAAUAAUUUAUACAUUUUUCAGCUAUUAUUGUAAUCUUACCUUGAAAUUGAUACAAGAUUGUAAUAUGUUAAAUACAUAAAAGAAUUCUUACUCUUGAAUAUUGCUUCUCCUGGCAAUGUAUGAAUAAAAGGGUGUGUUAAAAAUAUAUUUCUGUAUGUUCCUUUUUUAUUUUUUAAAAUGUUAAUAAUGCCAUUUGUUAUCAUAUAAAAAAUACAUUUUACCUAUGAUUGUUUUUUGAAAAAAGUUUUUAACAUGAUUUUGUCACUUUGCUUAAAAUAAUUUUUUUUACAUUGUUUAAUAGCUGAUGAAUGUGCAGUAAUGGAUGUAUAUAAUAUAAAUUAAUAGGUGAUUAAAAUGUGUCAAAACAUCUUUAAUUGGUUUAAUAAAAUAAUUGAUUCAAAAAUCCCUAUUGUUUUCAAUUUUAUAAAUGUCCUAUUGCCUCUGGUUUGUACCUGGUUUGUUGGAACUUUUUCUUGAGUUCAAGUGUUUCUGGUAUAAUUCGAUUAGAAAAAGACAAAAAUGGUUGUUCUAAAUCUAAGUAAUAUUUUGUAAAACUGGUGUGAUAUUCCUAAUUUUAUUUGAAAUGCUUGGUCUGAGUUCGAUUCUAUCUUUUACUACUAGAUCACUGUGUGUCAAGAACUUUGAAAUCUUUUGCAGAUGGUCACAAUGUUCCACCUGUAAUAAAUAUAUUUAAUUCAAGAUUUUUUGGAGAAAAACUUUUUACCCAUUUACUCUAGUUCAUUUAUCCUGAAAUCCUAAGUAAGAUGCUAUAAAAAUGAGAGCAGCUAGUUGUAGAAACAUUGCUACAUUAUCAUUUUUUAAAUUUAAAUAUGAAACUAAGAAUAGAAAAAAACAAUUAUUUUAUAGUAAUAUUAAUUUAACACGGUACCAGUAUCAGACCUGUUUACCCUUAAAAUCUUACAAUAUCAUUACAAAAUCGCUCAAUACAUUAUCUUAAUAGUAAAAAAAAAAACAUACAGUAUAUAUAAUGUAUACAUCUCGAAAUCGUACAUUGUACGCCAAAAUCGUAAGAGUAAACAGGUCUGCAGUCUAGGUACUUAAAGAUGUUUAAUGCACUGAUGCUUACACUUAUGAGAAAAGUGGCAAUGCAACAAUAGUUAUUAUCACUAAAAAAAUUGAUAAAUUAUUUUUUUUUAAAAUCUUGACCCAAUAAUUUUUAAAGCUUUGUAUUGGAAUAGUUUGGUGUUGAACAAAUUAUCUAAAUAAUUCCUGAUGCAAAAACCUUAUCUAAUGCCUUAAGUGUGUAUAGGCUGUGUACAGCUAAACACUGAAACAAUGGUCACUCUUCACUAUAAGGAUGUGUUAUUUGUUCUUUCCCAGCUCUGUUGAGUGCAAGAACUGCAGUCAGGAGGCGGCAACCCUGUUGUGAGGCAUGUCAGAAAAUGUUUAUGAGUUUGCGAGAUUACAGAGAUCAUAUCAACAGUGUCCAUCUUGGCAUAGCCUCGUAUGCGUGUCCAUACUGCUUCAAAACUUUCAAUUACAAACGGAACAGUGUCCGCCAUAUUAUCACUUGCAAGAUGAGACCUAUGGGGGGCAAGAUGAUAUAAAUAGCUACAAAAGAAGAAGAGACAUUGUUUUACUUGUUGUUUAGUGGUUCUUAUAUUAAAUGAUUGAAAAAAUUCAAAGAUUUUUUAAUAAAAUUGUUAUAUUCCCAUCGUCCUUCCACAUAACAAGGAUUUUCAUUUCUUGUAAUUUUUAUGUCAAUGUGGACUAGCAUGUUUGUUUAAUUGGAUUGAAGUAACUGUUAGCAUAGAUUGGUUAAUUGGAUUGAAGUAACUGUUUGCAUAGAUUGGUCUGUAUGGUCAAACUUUGCAGUUAAUACUCUUGUGUUUAAAAUUGUUGGAAUGUGAGAAUGCUGCAUAACUUUUGUCAGCUGUCAAAAAAGUGCUCUUCAAACUUUGAUAAUUAAUAUUUCAUCUCAUAAAGCUUUUACACUUUUAUUUGCCCUUAUUGAUCUACUUACAUUUGAAGGUUACGCAGAACUAUAUACUUAUAGUUAUCCACUGUUUUCAAAUGCAGCAAAUUUCUGUCUGCAGGAUUUGCUACUAUUCUGGGAAGAAGGCGAGUGCCUGUGAUGAUGCGGAGCUACAGGAGGUUUUUCUGUCCUGUUCCAGUUUGCAGUAACAACUAUCAACGUAUUGGCUUCACAGAAUGUGAAUUGAAACGUCACUGGUCAGAAAAACAUGAAGAAUAUGUUUAUAUUCAUCACUGUAACAUUUGUAGUUUCGUGACCAAGAGAAAGGGCAAUGUUUAUAGGCAUUUGAAGACUGCACAUAAAGAAGAAACUCCUUUGAAUUUGGGAGCUGUUGAUCUCCAACCCAACAGAGAAUAUGUACCUCCUCAGCCGUUUACUUUAAAAAUGGCCUUAGGCAUAGAAUGAACACAGUGGAAUACAAAAUUUGUUAACUUUCUUUAUGCAGUGAUAGCUUUUUCUGAUUACAUUUUUGUGGAAUAAAUCUUUGUUUUAAGUAUAGGUCUUGAACUGUUUGUUUGGAUUUGAUGCUAAUGGAAUGUUUUUAUUGAAUAAACAUAGUCUUCUAUUUGAUUCUUGUACAAGUUUCACUUUUGGCCUCAUUUUUGAAAAGUGGAUGGCAGAAUUUUGGAGUAUAGUAAUAGUGAAUGUUCGUCAUGAGGCAAGAUUCUUUUCAAUAAUACUAUAUAGUAUAGACAUGGUUCCAAUUGCUGUGCAUCAUAACAUGGAUAGCAUUUUCUUCCUUCAGACUCUGGUGGUGGUGAAGAUGGCAUCUUCUGUCAACCUAACAGAGAAAGACUGUCCAGGAAGCAGCUGCUAUGCCCUGUAAAUGGAUGUGGCACAGCCGUAGGCUCCAAUAGCGACUUUCAUCGUCACUGGAAAGAACGACAUGACGCUGUGGUCAUUAUGUAUCACUGUGCAUUUUGCAAUUAUCCAGCCAAAAGGAAAACAAAUUUAAUUCGCCACGCCUUUGUCCUUCACGGCUUAAGAAAAGAACAUGCUAUAGGAAAUGUAGAUCAUGAAGCAAACAAAGAAUUUAUUGAUCCCACUCCAUGGACAUUGCAGAAAGCAUUGUCCUACAUGAAAUCAUAGCUUAAAAUUAUUGAUAGUGAUAUAGAGAAAAAGAUAAGAUAUGUUUUGUUCUCAGUUGUCUGUAUGCAUUCAUCACACUUUGCUCAUAUUAUACCGAGUUUAACUAUUGUGUAUGCAUGGUUCUCGAAUCUUUCUUUGUCCUUCUCUUCAAUAGUAUACAUAAAAUAAAACUUGACAAGCAUGAUUGCUUUGAAUAAUGGAAAAUAAACAUACAAAAAUGUAAACACAAUAUUUUUGUUUUCUAUUUUGUGGCUUUAAAUAGUCCAGUGUAAAUCUAAAUGUUUUGAUUUUUAAUUUUUCAUUACAUUUUAAAACAAAAUUACUUUUCUUAUUGUUUUUAUGUGUUGUUCCAAGUUACUAUCUAAAUAGUGCUAGCAGUGAUCAGUGGCUUUCUUACAUGAAGCCUUUUUAAAAAAUUGUUUAUUCAUGUGAAAAAACACUUUAAGUUUAUAAAAAAAAAUCUCCAUUAAAAAUGUGAUUGCUUUUGUACAGAAUGAGGGUUUAACUUGAUAAGACAUCUAAAUAUAUUCUGACAUAUUUUGUGUUAGUCUUAGCAAAGAACAUCAUUUUAUUGAUUUUUUAAAAAGAAAUUUUAAACAAUAUUUAGCUAAUUUUUGUCAGUAACUAGCGGCAAUACAUAUGACACAUGCUGUAAUACUAAGGUAAUAAUGACAGAAAAUUGGGAAAAUAUUUUUAUUGAUUGGUUGUAAAAUAGUUCUGCAUAACUCAAUCUGGUAGAUACCAGCAUGGCUUAUUUCAAAGUGGUCGCCUGCUACAACUUAUAACUGUUAAUCAUGAAACUGGCGUUGAGGUUAAUUACAAUUAUUACGAAGACUUGUUUGAGACUUCUGAUAUCAGGAUCAUCACACGCUAGUGUUUAGAGUGCUGAUUUAUUUAUCAUUUGUGGAUGCUCUGCUGGAUUUUGUUCCCGUUUUUGAUAUUGCAAAGCUGAAUCACAAUAACUUAUUUUGCCAAGGUCAGUGACAGCAAAUUCUGCAGCUCAAAGAUUAUGUUUUUAUCUCCAGGGCAAGUGUGGCAGAAUUUUUACUGGGCACCUGGGAAAGGAUGUCCUGUGAAGGGAUGUGAAAGUACUCGUUUUUGCCAUAGAGCCAAGCUGCGUCGUCACUGGACAGAGAGACAUGAAGAAAUUGUUGAUAUGUUUCAUUGUUCUUCAUGCUCUAUGGAUUUUAAACGAAAAGAGCAUUUUGAUCGACAUCGUAGUACAAAACAUAAUGACCACAUUGUGCUAGCGGAUACAAUACGUCAAAGUCAUCGUAAUAAACAGUUCAUCAAUCCUUCACCAUACAGCAUCGAAAUGCUGUUGGGAAAGUAUUAUAAGGAACAAAUCAGUCCAGUCUCAGGUGUCCAAAGUAAUAAAACACACAUUGAUCCUAUCCAAAAUCUGAGAAUGACUAUGGAAUAGAAUUUGCAGGAUGAGACUACUACUCUUUGAAUGCUACAUUGUUUUGCCUAGUGCAAGUAGCAAACAAUAUUGUUUUAACACAAUUUUUUUUUUUAAUGACCACAUUCAAUCAAAUUAAUUGUUUUUAUUUUGUGUAGGGUGCAUUUGUGAAAUGAUCGCAAUCCAUUUUUUUCUACCCUUGAACUCUCAUUAACAUAUAAUAUAUAUAUGUAUUGUUCUUUACAAAUUCAUAUACUUCUUUCAUUACUACUUUUUGUUAAAAGCAGAUGUCCUGAUUUUCAGAUAUCCUGAAAUUCUUUAUUAAAUAUUAUUUAAUAAAUGAUAUACCGGUACUAAACAAAUGUUUUGCUAUUAAGUACAUGGAGUGCAAGAGCGUUUGAACAAGAUUACAUUUUACAAAUAUAUCCAAUAUACUGAAAAUUAAAAAUUAUUCAAGAACCUUUGCAUUAAUCUACUACACUGACUGAAAACAAAAUAACAAAACUUAAUCCUAUUCCACACUGAAAACAUAACAACUUAAAACUGGUUUACUGUGUCCAAUUAAAUACUUUUAAUUUACAAAUAAGGUACACAGUAGUAUAAACAAAAACUGAUAACAAUUAAUGUUGCAAAAUAUGGUCCAAGUCUUAUAUUUGAUUUGGCUUUGAAAUUUAAAAUUAUUGGUUAAAAUGAGGAACAUGAUAUCAUUUGUUCUAUUUUUUAAAAUAUGGUAUUCUAUCAUACUAAAUACAUACGUAUGUCGUAAGUCCAAAGGAAAAUGAAUAUGGUUAUUUGCCAAAUGGAUCCAAAUUAUUAAAAGGGAUGUUUUAUUGUACCCAUAUAAUCUAAGUGAUCUUCAAUUAGUUCAGUGCAGAGGCAAACACUUAAUGACUGUAAGCCUAUUUUUUAAAUUAUUGAAAUUAUAAAAAAUAUUUUUUUAAAGUAAAAGAUGCACAAUCUUUAUACCAAUACACACUAAAUUUCCAAAAUGCAAAAAUAGCUUAUGUGUACAAGUUAAAAGAUAUGAAAAGAAAAAAACUCAUGCAACCAAGUGAAUAUAUAAUUUUUACUUUGAGUUUGUUUACCUGUGUGUGCUUAGAUCAGGAGGAUUUCUUCUUUUAAAUUUGAGAAUUUUAAAUCCCAACAUCCGUAAUUAGUUUCAAUGACUUUGGUUGGUGGUUCACAUUUUUUUCUUCUUAGUUGCUUAAUUUUUUUGACAAUCCUAUUGUUGUCUCCUCAUAUCUGCUGGGCCUUAUCCUUCCAUGGAUGUCUUCAAACCCUAAAAACAGUUGCUGAUACUGAAGCCGGUUAUACUUAAUGGCAUAAAGCAUUGACUUUACUGAAUUUUUUAUUUCUGUUGAAGCUAAUCAUUUGAUUUGUUUUUUUUUAAAAUUUCCUUUAUAAAAUUUAAAUAUUGUAAAUUUGAUCAUAAUUAUUUGAUAUUUUUUGCUUGGAAAGCAUAUGACCAUUUCUCCAAAUUCUUCUGCAUUAGUUUCCUUAUGCAAGAACUUUACACACUAAACUGUGUUUGGGUGGCAUUAUUUAAGGUUAGGGUAAAUAGUUUACAGCAGUGGAUUUGUUAAAAUCAGAGAAGUAAAAAAAGUGACAUCUACAAGGAGUCAACAGAACUCACACCUGCAUUUUCAUUUCAUUGACAGGAAUGUUAAAUACCAUAUUGCGCUGGAUGCCGGGAAAGAAGUGUCCAGUACCCACCUGUCAGGGUAAUGGAUAUGCUUGCAAGUUUGACUUCCAAAGACACUGGAGUGAAAAGCAUGAAGAGAUAGUUAUUAAAUUCAUAUGCCCAUGUUGUGAUCGUCAGUACAAACGAAAAGGAGAGCUGUUAAGACAUUUACGUGUGCUUCAUAAAAUGUUGCCGGGAUCAACAGAGUUGCAGAAGGUUUUUCAAAAGAACAAGGAAUAUGUGGAUCCAUCCCCUUACACACUGGCAAUGUUCUUUGGAAACCAACGGUAGAUGGCAGGAAAAGCCUCUUAGUAAUACAGGAAAUCGGUACCGGUAUUCUAAUUACUAAUAGAAUAAAACUACGAGUGCUAUCAAAACACUAAAGACAAUAACCUUUCGGCUACCUUUGAUUAAUUUAGAAAUUGAUAAGCUGAACAUUCUUCGGUUUAGUUAAUGAAUGGGUACCAGCAUCUGAUAGAUUUUUGAAUGCAAAUAAAUGAAAGUUAUGAACCAAAUUCAGUUUUGAAGAUAGUAGGACAACUAAUUUUUGAAAAUCAAGUUGUUAGUUUUGUGUCAUGCCCCAAAAAUAUUUUGCUUUUCUUCAUAUUGACUUCUGUGACUUUUACUUAGAUUACUUUGAAUGAAUUACUUGCAUUCCCCAAUGCUAUACCCCCAAAGUUGUCUGGUCAGGUCAAGCCACACUGGAUCACUCUUAACUUUUGUCUGUCGGCAGGGCAAAGGAGUGAUGGACUCAACUUGAACAUUAUGUGGCGACCGAGAGAUCCUUGCCCUGUUGAAGGCUGCCUUGGAAAAAUGUUUGAUAGUAAAUCACAUUAUUGUCGGCACUGGAAAGAAAAGCAUGAAGAAAUUGUGAUCAAAUAUGUUUGUCCCAACUGUCAUCGCCGUCACAAAAGAAAGAGAGAUGUCUCAAGACAUGCUCGUAUGGCCCAUGGAACCACAUUAGAUCUCUCCCAACUUGACGGAGAAUAUCAUAAAAACAAGGAAUUCUUGGAUCCUGCUCCUCUGACACUAGAGUCAGUCCUAGGAACAGCUUUUAUAGGGGCCAGCAGCUGAAACAUUUCUUGUACUUAACAGCUUAGUGUAAAUUAUCCUUACCUUGACAAAUAUUUUUUAACUUAACUUUUAUUACAGUACUUUUAAAUGUUAAUAUUCACAGGUUAUUUUUACCAAACUUAAAAAUAUUAAUAGAUUUUUUGUUUUUAGUGUAUUUCUACUUACAUGAUUUAUAUAUUUAAUAUAUAGUAUGUAACUUUUUGAAUUAGUGAUGGUUUGUACAAAUUGAACAGGGUUUUCAGCAUUUUCAAACUCAUAUAAGUGAACAUAAUUUUAGGGUAAAGAGUUGUUUAAUGAGAGAAAACAAAAUGCAUUAAAAUUUUUUAAACUUAGUUGGUUUUAAAAUAUAAUUAUUUUGUACUUGUUUUGUACAGUGACAUUAAUCCUGGAGUAAAUGUUUGUCUUGGGGAAACUAUAAAACAUAUAAUUCAGUCAUAAUUAACAACACCGUUUUCUUGAUAUUACCAAUCCUAAUUAUUGAAUGCUCACACUGUCUGAUUUUGUCAUCAUUAGUUGAACUAAUUUUUAGUAUUGCACUGAUAAGUAAAUGACAGUAUCUUACAUCUUGACAUUAUUUUUUUUAAACAAGAAGUCAUGUUCAAAACUUUGCUCUGUCUUUGAGUUGAGGAUCUACUUUCUUCAUUACUUAGUUUAUUUUUUUCAUUCAAAGGACAGGUGCCACCUCUGCUUGCCACUUUUGGUUUAACCUCCCGUUUAACACAUAAAUAAGCUGACACCUUGAGCAAAGCAAGGUAGUCGUUACAUGCACUACAGGUCUGAUUAUUUUCCUUCUGCAGGUCACCACUUUGAACUUAAACAAAAUCGUUCACAGAGAUUUUGGGAGCCUGGAAGUGGAUGCCCUGUACCAGGGUGUGUGGCCAAGUUUUGCAGAAACAAAUCAGACUUGCGCUACCAUUGGCUGGAAAAACAUGAAGCGAUCACAGCAUAUUACCAUUGUGCACUCUGUCCAGUGUCAUUCAAAAGGAAAUCCAACUUAUUUGCUCACACUCGAAUGAAACACAGGGCCAAUGUUAAUGAGUGUUUGGGCAAAAUUGAAUAUCAGUCCAAUCCUGAGUUCAUAGAUCCCAGACCUUUGACCCUGAAUACCGUUUUGGGCUAUGAAUAAUCGACUGCCUAAUUUUCUCGCUUGCUUUACUAUCGCAAACUUUUCGUCUGUGUUCUCCAAUUGGUUGUAUGUUCGGGCAUGUAAAAUAUUCAAUCUGUUUAAGGACAUGGCAAAGCAAACCCUUAUGUACUGUCCGCUGGAUUUGAUGUGAUCCAGAAUCUCAGUUUAUUUAGCUUGUAUUCUUUUUAAGUUCUGUGUUCUUAUCUUCAGGUGGAAAGGCUAAAGCUCAAACUGGAUACAUUAAAAUUAAAUACAACCCACACCAAGCAAAGUGGCAGCCUGGUCAGGGAUGCCCCAUUGAAGGAUGUGUGGCGAAAAAAAUUGUUUCCGCAGCUCGACUCAAAAUGCACUGGCGCGAGAAACAUGAAAAGCUCGUUACAAUAUAUGCGUGUUCCAUUUGCGCUAGUUCCCACAAGCGGAGAUCAGACCUGAAUCACCAUGUUAACACAAAGCAUAAGAUGGCCCUUUGUGAUAUUGAAAUAAUCCUGGCAGAAAAAAUCAACCGGCAGUUCAUGGACCCUUCACCUUUGACAUUAGCUGUAGUGUUGGGGGAUAUUUGAUGGAAGUAAUGUAACCCUCCAAUCUACAAGUGUUGCUGUCCAUUGCUAAUGACACAAAUAUAAUUAAAAAUAUGAUUUUUUAAAAUCAUUUUUUAAUUUAAAAAACAAAAAAACUUUUGUAAUUUUAUUACGUUUAUUUACUUUUGGAGCAAAACCGUUUUGGCUUUUUUAAUACAUUUUUCUUUACUCAACUCUGUACAUAUUGUUUUGCCUGCUGGCUACUCCUGUUAACUUUGUCUAGACAGAACUAUUGUCUAACUAAACACUCCACAUUGGAAGCUUUCUAUGGUUGUAGUGGUUAAAGGUCACUUGUGCUUUCAUCUAUAGGUAGCUGCAAGAUCAGAAGUCAUGUUGCUAAGCUUCACAACCCAGAAACAGCUCUCUGGAGACCAGGCUUGGGGUGUCCAGUACCCAAUUGUAAUGCCAAAAAACUGAGAGACUUCACACAGCUAUCUCGUCAUUGGGCAGCCAAGCAUGAACAAAUGGUGGCCAAAUACAUCUGCUCCAAAUGUUUCCUAAGUGCCAAGAGAAAAGAUUAUUUACUUCAGCAUUUUCGUAUGAAACAUGGUGAUGACAUCGAUGAAGCUCUGGAGAGGACAGAAUACCAUAAAAACCUACAAUAUCAUGAUCCAGAUCCUUUAACGUUGGACAUUAUUCUUGGCAAAGUGUAACAUCUACUUGCCUCUGUGUGCCCAAGUGGGAUGAUCUUAUUCUGUUUCAUUUCUGUAACUUACUUCAAAAACACCACAUAAAACAUAUGUACAUGUUCUUGAAAAAUACAACUUGUUUGCUGCUAUUCUUAAUUAACUUGGUGGCCAGUGCUACUUGACAGAGUUAAAUGCGAUACAGUUUUAGUUGCCAGUCUUGCGUG